AUGAGUCAGAGUGACAUGAAUGCCGUGGAGCAGUGCUUCCUCGAUAUCUCUGUGGAUGCCGUCCUCCAUUACGAUGGGGUACCAGCAGUCGAGCCCUGGGCGACCAUGUAUAUCGAUGCCAUCCACGAGCAGAGGUUCGGUGAUGCAAUUUGGGCGCGCUAUCAGAUUUUUGGAGAUGUGAUAGAUGGUAUAAUUGAUGAAAGGCUGACUGUGCUCGAGAGCAUUGAAGAGGAUGCGGUGGGAUACAAGAAGAAUGCGCCGGAGGCGUUUGACGAGGCCGUGGCCUUCUAUAAGAGUGCUUCCAACAGUACAGACGGACAUCCUGAGGUUAUCGAGAUCAUCAUGCGCAUUGAUCAAGAAGAUGUCAGUGAUAGAUAUUUCCCAGAGGGUGGUUAG